GUAAUUUAGGGGUCAUGUACGCUAAGCCUAAACGAUAAAUACCCCGCGAGCUAAGUAAAGAAAAUCUACAACCCCUCAACGGGUGCUUGUAACCAUAAACAAAUUGAUUACGAACAUGGCACCACCAAGCGCUCUCACGAUCGCGACCUCAUCAGUCCAACGACUGAUGAAGGAAGAGGCUUCCUACCACAAAGAGUUGAAGAGUCAAGAAUCGCGUCUGGAGAAAUUGCUGGCAAGCAAGUCUGAGGACGAGAAUGCGGAGUAUUCUCUGAAGCAAGAGCGUACUGCCAUCGAAGAAACUAAGGCUGUGUUCCCACCUUUGACUGAACGUCUCGAAGAUGCCGUACACAAACUCGAGGAUAAGCUCGAUGCAGAGAGAGACAACGGUGCAAGCGCAGAAGAGGUCUCGAAGGCGGAGGGAGUCAUUACAGAUGCUAAGAAAGUAAUUGCAGAUGCGCGAGCGGCUGCUGAAUCGAAGUAGACUUUGGUUAGGAGGAGUAAUGAUGUUACGAAGCACAAAUAGAUGGCAUGAUACCCGAAGUCAAUGGUGGGAGUGUUCUGAUGCGUUUUCACAAGCAUCUG